GCACAGUCAUUCUCUCAUCUCAGUAUCUUAGACAUCAGUUCUUUUCUACCACGAGCCGGACUCAUUUAAUACACGUCUCGCAACUCAUUACUACAUCAUAAUCGAUAAACGAAAGUCCAACAACAACCAGUAAUCUUUAAACACCUUACCAACCGCACAAUCCUCAACAUGCGUUCCUCCACCAUCAUCAGCGCCAUCAUCGCUUUCGCCCCCGCGGCACUUGCAGUAUCCUCAUCUGCCACCAUCACAUCAAUGGCCCCGAUGAUGACACCUUCCGCACCCCCGGUCACAAUGGCCUGGAACGACGCACCUGCCGCGACUGGCGCAUCUAUGUCAAUGAAGCCUGGAAUGUCCAUGGAGCCCGGCAUGUCCAUGGAGCCUGGCAUGUCUAUGGAGUCUGGAAUGUCCAUGGAGUCCGGAAUGAUGACGAUGAAGGGCGAGAAGACCAUGUCCUCAGGCAUGAUGAUGCCCACUGGCGACGCAAUGGCAGCGAUGGAAGGCAUGGCUGGCAUGAACAAGACGAGCAGCGCAGGAAGCUUGGAAGUUGGCAGUGGGAUGAUGAUUAUGUUGGCUGUCUUGGGCAUGUUGUAAGCGGUCCGAGUUUGCGUGUAAUUUUCCUUUUAAGCGGCGUUCAAUACUCGUGGGUAUCAACCAUCUUCACAUCGGGAAGGGAUAGGGCUAGGUGGCAUAGCUGUUUCCUGCCUCUGUGUCUGUUGCUUGUCUGCCUUGGAGAAGUCUGUCUUUUACAGCGCAUCCACUCUACUACCCCUCUUUACGUUUAUCACAAUCUGUAAAUAAACAUAAUAUGAAUCAAUCUAUGUACA